CUGCUGUUACUGCUGCUUCAGUCAGCUGGUGGAAAGAGGCGGGAGUAGACGUGCGCCUUACCACUCCGGACCGCCCGCAUUUUUUAUUCAAAACUUACUAUGGAUUGUUUGCGUUUGUUGAGUUAGAAGGAAAGAUAGUGUUAACAGCAGUCGUAGAGCGCCCCUAAGAUCGUCGUAGUCGUGUUAGUAUCCGUUGGCCCAGUGUUUUUCGCCUUUAUCAUAAGUCUUUCUUGGUUCUAACGGACCCAAGAUGGCGGACAUUGACGUGAACGAUCCCGAGCUGAAGUACUUGGUGGUUUCGAGGGACACCUUCGAGGACCCGGCUUCCCAGGCCGAAUGGACGCAGAAGAGGCUGGUGUGGAUCCCCCACAAUGACCACGGCUUCGUGGCCGCCGGCAUCAAGGGCGAGGUGGGCGAUGAAGUCGAGGUGGAGAUCGCCGACACUGGCAAGAGGGCCAGGGUGGCCAAGGAUGACAUUCAAAAGAUGAACCCGCCCAAAUUCAACAAGGUGGAGGACAUGGCCGAACUCACCUGCCUCAACGAGGCCUCCGUCCUGCACAACCUGAAGGAGAGAUACUAUUCCGGCCUCAUAUACGUAAGUCAGAGCCAGAGCUGUUUCGGUUUCACCCUCAUCUUCCCCAGUCUCUUAACAUUAUUAUUGCCGGUAUACACCGGUGACUCGCAAGAAUGUUCAGUUUAGUGUGU